GCGCGGGCGGGGACGCCAGGCUGGAGGCGACGGCGAGGGUCCGCGCGCGGAGGGCGCCGGGCGCAACAUGGGCGGCCCGCGAGCCUGGGCGCUGCUUUGCUUCGGGCUCCUGCUCCCGGGAGGCAGCGCCGCGUGGAGCGUUGGGGGAGCCCCGUUCUCUGCACGCAGGAACUGGUGCUCAUACGUGGUGACCCGCACCAUCUCGUGCCACGUGCAGAAUGGCACCUACCUGCAGCGCGUGCUGCAGAAUUGCCCCUGGCCCAUGAGCUGCCCUGGGAACAGCUAUAGAACCGUGGUGAGACCCGCAUACAAGGUGAUGUACAAGACAGUGACAGCCCGCGAGUGGAGGUGCUGCCCUGGGCGCUCGGGGUCGAGCUGCGAGGAAGUUGUAGGCUCCUCUGGCUUCGUGGAGCCCAGGUGGUCGGGCAACACCAUGUGGCGGAUGGCACUUCGGCCCACAGCCCUGUCAGGUUGUCUCAACUGCAGCAAAGUGUCGGAGCUGACGGAGAGGCUGAAGGUUCUAGAAGCCAAGGUGGCGGUGCUGACUGUCACUGAGCAGGCAGUGCCCCCGACCCCAGCUGCCCCUGAGGACCCCGCCCCGCUCUGGGGUUCCCCAGCUGCCCAGGGCAGCCCCGGGGAUGAAGGCCUCCAAGGGCUACCAGGAACCAGAGAAAACGUGAGGGCCCCUCUGCUCCCCCGAGAUGAUCGAGUUGGUGCCCGGGGGCUUCCUGGGCCCUCUGGCCCCAAGGGAGACCCUGGCAGCCGGGGCCCAAUGGGGAUGAGAGGCCUGCCAGGUCCGCAGGGCCCCCCAGGGAGCCCUGGGCAGGCUGGAGCUGUGGGCACCCCUGGAGAGAGGGGACCUCCAGGCCCCCCAGGGCCUCCUGGCCCCCCAGCCCCACUUGGACCACCCUACGCCCGGAUCUCCCAGCAUGGGGACCCAUUUCUGUCCAACACCUUCACUGAGACCAGCAGCUACUGGCCCCAGGGACCGACUGGGCCCCCAGGCCCCCCAGGACCCAUGGGUCCUCCUGGACCUCCUGGUCCCAUGGGCAUCCCUGGGAAUCCUGGACAUAUAGGACCCCCAGGCCCCACUGGACCCAAAGGAAUCUCCGGCCACCCAGGAGAGAAGGGCGAGAGAGGACUGCGUGGGGAGCCUGGCCCCCAGGGCUCCAUGGGGCAGCAGGGAGAACCUGGCCCCAAAGGAGACCCUGGUGAGAAGAGCCACUGGGCUCCUAGCUUACAGAGCUUCCUGCAGCAGCAGGCUCAGCUGGAGCUCCUGGCCAGACGGGUCACCCUGCUGGAAGCCAUCAUCUGGCCAGAACCAGAGGGGUCAGGGGCAGACCCUGCCGGCACGGGCACCCCCAGCCUCUUGCGGGGCAAGAGGGGAGGACACGCCACCAGCUACCGGAUCGUGGCCCCCAGGAGCCGAAACGAGAGAGACUGAGUGUGGUGGUGGCCCCUUGGUGAGGGCCAGGCCAGGCUUCCCUUCCCAGCCUGGACUUGGCCAGCUGCCUCCAAGGUCCGCCAUCCGUAUUUAUUAAUAUCCUCAGGGUCCCUUCUGCCACCUAGGCCUUUGGGGUGGGCAUGUCUUGGUCCUGGCAGCCCGUGUGCAUCUGCCUCCUAUGAGGCUGAGCCGGGACUGGAGCCUGAGAGGGAGGUGUGGUCCAGGCAAGAGGCGAGGCUUUGCUCAGGGCCGUGGGCCUCAGUUUCCCUCUGUGAAAUGGGGUGAUGCAGGCCUGUGGGGAGGGGCGGCAGGUUUGGAGCUUCUGUCUUCUCAUCAACUGCCUGGCCAUCCAGGCCCCAAGCAACUGAGGGAUUUGGAAGCUGGGGCUCUGCCCGGCCCUCAGCACACCCAGGGAUGAUGAGAGCGGGCAGUCUCACCUCCCCACUCCCCAGCCAAACCUGGGGGGCCCACCUGUACCCCUCGUCUCCUUGUUUUCUGGUGCUGGGUUCCUGACCCUGAGGUCAAGCUACCUGAUCUGACUGGACAUUCAGGGCUCCUUGUCUCAGUUCUGACCCCUGAACCCUCAGUCCUUCUCAUGUCCCAGGCGGAGGGGGCAUGGAGAGGGAGGGGCCACCUGCUCCCACAACGGCUUGUGACAGACACCAGGAGGUAGAUGUGUAUUGGCCAAUAAAGGCCCCCAGCCUCACU